AUGUCCAACCCGCCUUUUACGGUUCGAGCGGUCUUCGAGUAUGCUUCGGGCCACGAUGACGACCUAAGCUUCCCAAUCGGUCAAGUUAUUACUGUGACCGAGGAAGAGGAUGCCGAAUGGUACUGCGGUGCAUAUACAGACGGAUCGGGGGCCAAACAAGAAGGUAUCUUCCCAAAGAACUUCGUUGAGAAAUACGACCCGCCCGCACCUCCUCGUCCGACUCGUCCGACCAGACCGAAGAAGGAAUCCGAGCCUGCGCCGCCGCCAGUCGAACCUACUCCGGUUGUGGAGAGUCCAAUUCAACCAGAACCCGAAGUUACUGCGCCGCCUGCAGAGGAAGAGCCCGAGCCAGUUCCCCAACAACCGCCAACUCCUCAGUCUCCGUUAUUGGCUUCAAGUCCUACAGCUUCCGCAAUUCCGUCCUCUCCUCCUCAGCCUGCUCCGGUUUCUGCCCCUGCCCCUGCUCCGGCAGCCCCAGCCCCGCCCCCGACCAAGGCAUCUACAAAGCCCCCACCUCCGGCUGUAGCAGAUAAACCCUCCGGAAACUCAUUCAAAGAUCGAAUUGCCGCGUUUAAUAAAUCUGCGGCGCCAGUUGCUCCGAUCAAGCCUGGUGGCCAGCAGUCAUCUUCUUUCGUGAAGAAGCAAUUCGUUGCCCCGCCCCCGAGUAAGGACUUCUACGUGGCCCCGCCAAGUCAGCCUGCCACCAAGAUUUACAAAAGAGAGGAAGACCCGGAGGUCCAGGAGCAACUUUCCCGCGAACCGCCCGUUUCGGAAACCCGAGCACCACCACCUGCACUCCCUGUACAGGAGUCGGAAGAAGGUGCGGAGGAUCAGCCUAAACCUACCAGUCUCAAGGACCGUAUUGCACUUCUCCAGAAGCAGCAACUAGAACAGGCUCAGCGCCAUGCGGAUGCUGCUCAGAAGAAGGAGAAACCGAAGCCACCUAAGAAGACCGUUGAGCGGCCAGUGGAACCUGCUCCAGUUGACGAGGAACGAGAUGAGCUACUGGAGGCUUCCCCCAUUGAGCCUCCCUCGGCUCCGCGGGACCCAAGUGUGGAUACACUGAGAGGCAAAGCUCCCCCGGUUCAGCCUCCGCCGUUUUCCCCACAGGAGGAGAUCGCUAGUGAAUCUAACGAUGCUGAUUAUUCUGCUGCUGCGGACUCCGAGGAUGCCGGUGAGACUUCUACUAGCAGAGAUGAUGAAGAUGAACGUCCGCGCCAGCCUCCAGCACCACCGGCCCGCACCGUUGAGCAGAAGAACGAGCUAGAGGAUUCCGAGGAGGAAGAGAGAGAACAGGAAGGAAAGGACGAGGAGGAGGAGGGGGAGGAGGAGGAGGAAAUGGACCCUGAAGUUAGACACAAGAUGGAGCUUCGUGCGAGAAUGGCGAAGAUGAGUGGCGGCAUGGGUAUGAUGGGUCUCUUCGGUCCAGGAGGCGGUUUACCUGGCAUGGGCGGUCCUCCUCCAGCUCGCAAGCCCAAGACUCCUGGAGAGUCUGAGAAGAAACUUGCUGAGCCUGAGCCAAGUAGCCCUACCGGUGCUCCUCCAGUUCAAAUGAUUCCUCUCCCUGGAAUGAAUUUGAACACCAAGCCAGCUCCGCCUACAAAUGUUGAAAAGGAGGAGGAAGAGCCAGAAACGACUCCUGUCAGUGAACAGCAUGCUCCACAAGAAGUACCGGAUGUCGAGGAAGUUGUUCAUGAGGCUCCCCCACGUUCAUCAACUGACCGAGCUCCCCCUGUUCCACCUAGCCGUGAACGAGCAGUCCCCGCCCCUCCUCUAGAAACCCGGCCUGUUCCUCAAAGAGUCCCUACCGAUUUGGGCUCUCCUCCGCCAGUUCCUGGAGGACGGCCUGUUCCUCCGCCACCAAGGCCACCGGUAGUUGAUCAGGGCGAUGAGUCUGACGACGAAUUGUCUGUGCACGCAAAGGAUCUAUCACUAGAUUCUAAAGACGUAGAAGCGCCCGCCCCCGCCAUUCCUGAUCAUCUUGAUUCUCGUCGCUCUUCAACCUAUGAAACCCCGCCCCCUGCACCUCCAGCAUCGAAUGCCGAAAGGAGAGCUAGUCGUGCUCCACCUCCGGUCCCAUCAAACCCACCUGUGCCACCUGCGCAAAGCCGCGCUCCACCUCCACCUCCUCCAAACCAGCCACGCCGCCGUUCAACCGCAGAUAGUCGGACUAGUGCUCUUUCUGCCCCCCGUCAGGCUGGUGAAGAAGCUGAAGGAGAGGUCACAGAGUAUGAUGGAGAUUACGAUACUGAUAUCGCAUCUGGUGCCACGCAUAAAGAUGCGCUGAGAGCUCACGAGCGCGAUUCCAGCUUCGACGAGGGCACAAUCACCGAUGACUAUUCUCUUCAAUCUCCUCGGAGCCCCCCAGCAUCCCGGGGUCCUCCACCACUUCCACCAACUGCUGCCCCCAGAGCAGUUCCGCCACUUCCCCCCUCCCAACCUCCCCACAGGCCUUCUAUUGAUACACCUCGGGGACCGCCUCCACCUCCACCGGGUAGAGAGCCUCCACGCGAUGAUAAUGGUGAUGAUGAUGAAGAGUAUGAUCCUUUUAACUACGCUGACCCUCGUCACGGUUUGUAUUCUCCGCCGGCCCCUCCCAGUGGACGCCCAGAGGUCCCACCUCCUAUGCCACCGCAGUCAGCAAAUGAAAGAUACGAUGACUUGUACGAUGAAUCUCCAGUGCAAAGCCCGUCAAAUGAGGCACCGCCACCCGUUCCAAAGCAUGAGAAGCGUGCAUCUCUUGCCCCAAUGCCUCCCCAAAGCCAGGCCCCACCUAUGCCAUCGCCUUCUGCAAGCCGCAGUGGGCGACCUUCCAUGGACAUGAUGAGAGGCUCAUCUAAUCUUCGACGAUCUAUGGAUGUAUCUCGCCCCUCCAUUGACCAAGGCUACAUUGCUACAGACGUGGACUUUGCGGAGAGCACUCUUUGGUGGACUCAACCCAACACCGUGCCCCCCUCACUCCAAAAUCGCCCAGACGUCCUGUACGAGACUGAGGAGAGUUCUUCCACGAAGCGAGGUGGAAAGACAACCAUAUCCAAAGACAUUUAUAUUCUCUUCAUAGAUUAUUCGCAGACUGUUAUAGCGGUUCAGUUCGACUCUAAGAACCCUGCCGAUGUCUCCCUUGAGCAACGUCAGGAGUCGCCUCCACUCCAGCCUCGUCAAGAUCAACUGGAGCAAGCACAUAAUCAAAUCGGUACACGAAUCGCUGAGUCAGUGACAUCUUUCCAAAACUCCACAGUUGGAGAUGGCACCCCCUUAGCUCUUGUUCAACAUCUGCUCAACCCACUGAGUGAUGCAUUGCUCCCUGUUGGCAGCCGGGCAUAUGGCGCUUUGGUUUACUCCAAUCUGGCCAACGCAUCCGUUUCGCAGAAUGAUGAAAUUCGUGCCGGUGAUAUUGUGAGCUUCCGAAAUGCUCGCUUCCAGGGCCACCGCGGUACUAUGCACCAGAAGUACAGUGCCGAGGUAGGCAAGCCUGAUCACGUUGGUGUUGUUGUCGAUUGGGACGGUACCAAGAAGAAGAUCCGGGCCUGGGAACAAGGACGAGAGAGCAAGAAGGUCAAAAUGGAGAGCUUCAAACUGAAUGACAUGCGCAGUGGCGAGUGCAAAGUCUGGCGAGUGAUGCCUCGAAGCUGGGUUGGUUGGGAAAGCAACAAAUAA